GAAACUUCCGGGUUUCCUGACUGGGGGAAAAAGCCGGGAAGCGCACGUCAGUCAUUCGGACCCCGGGGCUCGGGAGAACGGGGCCGUGAGCGUGAGCAAGUCGAUGCACGGUAUCUUUUAUACCGCUUGCUUUUUCCUAGUCACCGGGGCAGGUGGCAACAAUGCAAAGGGCAAAGAAAUUCGGGCGGAGGCGAUGGCCCGGUACAGGGAGCGUGUUAAAGAAAUGUUUUAUCAUGCCUACAAUAACUACUUAGAGAAUGCGUUCCCCUAUGAUGAACUGCGACCUUUAACUUGUGAUGGCCAGGAUACCUGGGGAAGCUUUUCUCUGACUCUGAUUGAUGCCUUGGAUACUCUCCUGGUGCUGGGCAACGUGACUGAGUUUCAGAGAGUUGUCCACAUUCUUCAGGAUGGAAUGAACUUUGACAUCGAUGUCAACGCAUCUGUGUUUGAGACUAACAUUCGAGUGGUGGGUGGCCUGUUGUCUGCUCACCUGCUCUCCCGGGAGGGCGGCAUCGCUGUGGAGCCAGGCUGGCCGUGUACGGGCCCUCUGCUCAGAUUGGCAGAAGAAGCUGCACGUAGACUGCUGCCAGCUUUCCAGACUCCAACCGGAAUGCCAUUUGGGACGGUGAAUCUUAUGAACGGGGUGAAUCCCGGUGAGACGCCAGUCACGUGCACCGCAGGAAUAGGCACCUUCAUACUGGAGUUUGCUACGCUGAGCCGCUUGACGGGCGACCCCGUGUUUGAGGAGGUGGCGAAAAAGGCACUGGACGGAUUGUGGAAAAGCCGGUCGGACAUUGGCCUUGUGGGAAACCAUAUUGAUGUGUUAACUUCAAAGUGGGUGGCCCAGGAUGCUGGGAUUGGGGCAGGAGUCGACUCUUACUUCGAGUAUCUGGUGAAAGGAGCCAUUCUGUUGCAAGACGAAGGCCUGAUGUCGUCUUUCCUUGACUAUGAGAAAGUGAUUAAGAAUUACACCAAGUUUGAUGAUUGGUAUGUCUGGGUUCAGAUGUACAAAGGCACCGUCUCCAUGCCUGUCUUUCAGUCUCUGGAAGCUUUCUGGCCAGGACUACAGAGUUUAGUUGGUGACAUCCAUAAUGCAAUGAAAACUUUCCACAACUACUACCAGGUUUGGAAACAGUACGGGGGGCUCCCCGAGUUCUACAGCAUCCCCCAGGGCUCGACUGUCGACAAGCGAGAAGGCUACCCACUUCGACCAGAGCUUAUAGAGAGUGCCAUGUAUCUGUAUCGAGCAACAGGAGACCCAACCUUCCUGGAAUUGGGCAGGGAUGUGAUUGAGGCCAUUGAGAAGAUAAGUCGUGUCGAUUGUGGAUUUGCUACUGUCCGGGACUUGCGUGACCACAAACUGGAUAACCGCAUGGAGUCCUUCUUCCUAGCAGAGACUGUGAAGUACCUCUACUUGCUCUUCGACCCCGACAACUUCCUCCACAACGACGGGACCACCUUCCACACGGUCACCACCCCCUACGGCGAAUGCGUGCUGGGGGCCGGCGGCUAUCUGUUCAACACAGAGGCGCACCCCAUCGACCCCGCGGCCCUGCACUGCUGCAGCCAGCACCGGGAGGAGCGCUGGGAAGUCGAGGCGCUGAUGCACGAGUUCCGCAGCGCGCGGAAAGCGGGGGCGGGGCUGCACGCGGGAGGCUCUUCUCAACAGGCUCGAGCUCAAGGCAAGAGCAAGUGGACGGCUGAAGAUGGGAACGAAGGAAAAAGAAAAACAAAUAAGAAAAUUCCCGUGCUGAGUUGCCCGAGUCAGCACUUCAGCUCCAAACUUGCUGUGUUGGGUCAAGUGUUUACAGACUCGUCCUAAUCUUAACCUUGGAUCAGGGGCUCCCAACCUGGGUCUACUGACCUCUUGGUUAAUGAUAGGGGCCCUUGGCAUAAAACAGAUUGGGAACCCCUGCCUUACAUCUUUAUUUAUGGAACUGUGAAAUAAAGUUUUAUAUAGGAUUUUCCAAAUUCCUUUUGUGGUCAGUGGAUCUGAAGAACAGUGAAUUCUACAUCACGAGGUAUCUGGUUUGAGCAGUUUUGGGCCCCUUAUCUAAGAAAGGUUGUGCUGGUGUUGGAGGGGGUCCAGUGGAGGGUCAGGUUAAGUGAAAGGGUAUAUAUAUGAGGAGCAUGGCUCUGGGUCUGUACUUGCUGGAGUUAGAAGAAUGGGCUGGGUGGGUGGAAUCUCAUUGAAACUUGAUGAAUAUUGGAAGGCCUAGAUAGAGUGGAUGUGGAGAGGAUGUUUCCUAUAGUGGGUGGGUCUAGAACCAGAGAGCACAGCUUCAAUACAAGAACAUCCAUUUAGAACAGAGAUGAGGAGGAAUUUCUUUAGCCAGAGGGUGGCGAAUCAGUGGAAUUUACUGGCACAGACGACUGUGAAGUUGUUGGUAUAUUUAAAGUUGAGGCUGAUAGACUCUUGAGUAGUAAGGAUGUAGAAGGUUAUGAGGAGAACAAGGAGAACGGGGUUAAGAGAGAUAAUAAAUCAGCCUUGAUGGAAUGGUGGAGAAUAUUCAAUGGACUGCAAGGCCUGAUUCUCCUCCUACGUCUUGUGUCUUAAUUACCUCCAGAGGUUCAAAUCACUGGGAUCUUCACGAUUGUUAUUUAAAGGACAGAUUGCAAGUAGGAUGAGACGUUUGCUACAGACAGAAACUUUUGUGUGCUCAUGAUAUCAUGCAGAAUAUUACAAUUGAAUUAAAUAUUAAACAGUACAGGGUAGGCUCUUCGAUCCAUGAUGUCUGUGCUGUACAUGAUGCCUAAUUAAACUAAAUCUCCUCUUCCUGCCUGUGAUCCAUACUCCUGCAUUCCCUGAAGUCACCUGACUAUCUAAAAGCCUCUGUGGUAUCGGUAUCAGCUUCCAUCAGUUCCUCUGGCAGCCAGUUCCAGGCUCCCACCACUCACUGUAUUUAUAAUAUUUUUUAAAAAGCUUUCCUUCUUCAAACUUUCCUCCGCAACUUAAAUGAACAUCCUCCAGUAUGUCAUUUGCCUCAGAAGAAAGAUUCUGUGUGUCUUUAGUUUUAAGUUCUGAUUGCAGCUACCGCAUAAUUGUACUGCAGACCACAGUAAUUAAAUGUCCGACCAUUCUUAGGAUGAAGGAGGAAUCUUGUCAAGAACAUUGCAGACCAUCAUAUAAGACAGUAUGCAUGCAGUGGUAUGUCAGCGUCGUGGUUAACACAGUGCUUUACAUUAUAGGCAAUCUGGGUUCAAUUCUGUAUGUUUUCCGCGCGACGACACGGGUUUCCUCUGGGUGCUCCUGUUUCCACCCAGUGUCUAAAGACGUACCAGUUGUAGGUUAAUUGGUCGAUGGAAAUUGUCCUGAGAAUAGGGUAGCCGCUUGGCAGUGCGGCUCAAAUUGCUGGGAGGGCCUGUUUCACGCUGUAUUGCAAUAAUAAAUAAAUAAACGGAACCCCCCCCCCCCCACCAUUUCUUUGGGCUCCGUAAGCCUAGGGAAUGCACGUUCUGGUCCCGCCAAACCCAUGAGAAGGGGACGGCUCUCCCACCCCAAACCCCAGUUUGUGUGGAUGCUGUGUAACUUGCUGCCCUGGUGCCAAGAAACAUCAGACAGCACCCUGCAUUCGGUUAAAGGAAUUAUAUUUAUGAAUCUUAACUAAAGGGUCAGUAGAAAAACGGGGGGGGGGGGAGAAGAAAAAACAGAAAGGGCCCAUUAUAAUUAAACAGUCAAAUGUUCACAAGUUGAAACUCAACUCUUCCAAAAGUCACACUCGCCAAUCCUCUGUAGACCCUGGCACCGUGCUCCAUCGAAUCACAGUCCCCCACCAGGUCAAAUCCUACAAACUGUUCUCUCCAGUGUCUUCUCUCUUCAUCCCCUGCCGAACCAAGGACCCGGGCUCACAACGGUGUCAGGUGUACAGCACAGAAACCCCGCUCCCCUGAUUGGACAGCUCACAUUCUGAAGCACCUGUUGUCUCUGACCAUAACCCAAACACUGCUUCUACAGAAAGACCAUCACGUUAGCAGUGAAACCUUUUCCAGAGUGUUACGAAACAAAACACUGAAGGAAUUCAGCACGUCAGGCAGCACCUAUCAAAAGGAUUAAAGAGUUGAAGUUUCAGGCCACUCAUUUCCUAUUGGCAUGUACUUGUUUCACUUUUAAAGUCUUACCAGGCCCUGAUGCAACCUGUCAAUUUACACCCCACCACCAGAAGUUUGUCAAAGUUUUAGAUAUCAUGCUGAAUCUUCGUAAACAUCUAUUAAAGUAGAGGGGCUGUUGUGCUUUCUUCGUAAUUGUACUUGUGCUGGGCCGAGGACAGAUCCUCAGAAGUGAUAACACCCAAGAAUUUAAAGUUGUUGACUCUCCACCUCUGAUCUUCUGAUGAGGACUGGCUGUUUUCCUCUUUCUGGAGUCAACAAUCAUCUCCCUGGUCUUGCUGAUAUUGAGUGAGAGGUAGUUGUCCUGUCAGCACUCGGCCAAAUUCCCAGUCUCAUCACCACCUUUGUGUUUUGGCCAAUGUCAGUGGCAUUGUCAGCAAACUUCCAGAGGGGGAGAAAAUGCAGUUUCCACCCUUCUCCAGGCAACCUGGACAAAUCAAUGAACUAAUGUGAAUUCCAACAUUGAAAUGUCCUGAAAAUACUACAUCUUGAGGCAUGACUAUGCUACAUUUGUACUUGACAAACUUCUCUGGACGUUGGAAUAAAGUGUGCCUUGGGA